AUAACUAUUUUGUCAGUGUCAGUGGUUGUUGUGGCAGUGCAUGAGCAACGUGUGUUCAUGAAAUAUUUUGAAAAAUAUAUUUUUUUCUGAUUUUCGGCAACGUGAUACACGACAUGGCCGCCCUUGACCGGAAAGGUACAUUCAAAGUUGAAUAUCUGCAAGAUAUUGAAAAAAAAGUUCAGGAAAGAUGGGAGAAGGAGAAAAUAUUUGAAAUGGAAGCUCCAAGCGAUGGAAAAUCUCAUGAAAAAUUCAUGUGCACUUUUCCCUAUCCAUAUAUGAAUGGACGCUUACAUCUAGGGCAUACAUUUUCUCUUUCAAAAUGUGAGUUUGCAACAAGGUACCAUCGCCUUAAAGGUAAAAAGGUACUAUUUCCAUUUGGCUUCCAUUGUACUGGUAUGCCUAUUAAGGCUUGUGCUGACAAACUUAAAAGGGAAAUGGAACUCUAUGGCUGCCCCCCUGUUUUCCCUGAUGAGGAAGAGAUUGUAGUACAAGAGCAAGGGGACAUAGUCCCGAAAGAUAAGAGUAAGGGAAAGAAGAGUAAAGCUGUAGCAAAAGCAGGGUCAGCAAAGUAUCAGUGGCAGAUAAUGAGGAGUCUUGGGAUUGCUGAUGAGGAGAUCAAGGAGUUUGCCAACGAGUCCUACUGGCUAGAGUAUUUCCCGCCGAGAGCAGUUGAUGAUUUGAAAGAGAUGGGUAUACAUGUAGAUUGGCGUCGUAAAUUCAUCACGACCGAUGCGAACCCGUUCUACGACUCAUUUAUCAGAUGGCAGUUCAACCAUCUGAAAGAUCGUAAAAAAAUUAUGUACGGCAAGCGAUACACCAUAUUUUCGCCGUUGGACAAGCAGCCAUGCAUGGACCACGACAGGAGUACGGGGGAAGGAGCCGGACCCCAAGAGUAUACUCUUAUCAAAAUGGAAGUUAUGCAACCUCUGCCAGAUAUCCUGAAGUCAUAUAAGGGUAAAAAAGUAAGUCUCGUGGCGGCCACCCUUAGACCCGAAACAAUGUAUGGUCAAACCAACUGCUGGGUCCAUCCUGAUAUUAAAUACAUAGUGUUUGAGACCGUUAAAGACGGCGUUUUCGUCUGCACGCGGCGGGCCGCCAGAAACAUGGCUUACCAGGGCUUCACAGAUAAAGAUGGUGAAUUCAAAAUUCUCCAAGAAAUUGUUGGCCAGGACCUUCUCGGGAUAGCUUUAAAAUCACCAUUAACGUGUUAUCCAAAGAUUUACGCGUUGCCAAUGUUGACUAUUAAGGAAGAUAAAGGCACUGGCAUAGUUACUAGCGUGCCUUCAGAUUCUCCCGACGAUUACGCCGCGCUCGUUGACCUUCAAAAGAAGCCGGCCUUCCGAGAAAAGUAUGGCCUCAAAGACGAUAUGAUUCUCCCUUUCAAACCUGUGCCUAUACUAGAGAUACCAGAGUUUGGGAAUCUUUCUGCAGUACACCUGUAUGACAAACUUAAGAUUCAGAGUCAAAACGACAAGGAAAAGUUGACACAGGCUAAGGAGAUGGUUUACCUUAAAGGUUUUUACGAUGGCGUUUUAUUAGUAGGGGAAUACAAGGGCAGUAAAAUCCAGGAUGUCAAGAAGAAUUUGCAAAAUAAACUAGUGCAGGAAAAUGGCGCUGUGAUUUAUUAUGAGCCUGAAAAGACUAUAAUGUCGCGAUCCGGUGACGAGUGUGUGGUCGCCCUGUGCAACCAGUGGUACCUGGACUACGGGAAUGAGGAGUGGAAAGGGCAUGCGGAGAAAGCGUUGGCUGCCAUGAACACGUACCACGACGAGGUCAGAAAGAAUUUCCAGGCCACGCUUAAGUGGCUGCAUGAAUAUGCAUGCUCUAGAACUUACGGCCUCGGAACAAAGUUGCCAUGGGACCAGCAAUGGGUGAUAGAAUCAUUGUCAGACUCCACCAUAUACAAUGCUUACUACACGAUAUCUCACUUCCUACAAGGAGACACGUUCCGUGGUAACAAAGAGAACAUUUUGAAGAUCAAAUCGGAGCAGAUGACAGCUGAAGUCUGGGACUAUAUUUUUUUCAAGGAUGCACCAUUCCCAAAGACUAAUAUUGCGAAAAAAUCCCUAGAAGCUAUGAAGAAAUCUUUCCAAUUCUGGUAUCCAGUCGACCUGAGAGUAUCAGGCAAGGACCUCAUCCAAAAUCACUUAACAUUCUACAUCUACAACCACUGCGCCAUAUGGCCGAAGGAGGAGGAUAAAUGGCCGAAAGGCAUCCGGGCCAAUGGCCACUUGAUGUUAAACUCAGCCAAAAUGUCCAAGUCUGAUGGAAACUUCUUGACUCUGAAGGAAUCUAUUGAGAAGUUCAGCGCUGAUGGAAUGAGGUUGACCCUGGCUGAUGCGGGCGAUUCUGUUGAAGACGCGAACUUCGUUGAGAGCACCGCGGAUGCCGCCAUCUUGAGGCUGUACACUUUUAUUGAAUGGGUGAAGGAGAUGAUUGCUACCAAGGCUAAUUUGAGGACAGGAGAGUACAACUUCCACGACAAAGUGUUCGUGAGCGAAAUGAGCACCAAGAUAACUCAGACGGACGACAACUACAACAAGAUGCUGUUCAAGGAAGCGCUCAAGUCGGGCUUCUUCGAGUUGCAGGCCGCCCGGGACAAAUACAGGGAAUUGUGUUCAGAAGGAGGUAUGCACGUGGAGCUGGUAACGAGGUAUAUAGAAACGCAAGCGAAACUGAUGUCGCCCAUCUGUCCUCACGUCGCCGAACAUGUUUGGGAACUGUUAGGCAAUAAUCGAAGUAUUCUCCACGAGCUCUGGCCAGUUCCGGGCGAAGUGGACGAGGUGGCCGUGAAAGCCAGCAACUACCUGAUGGACGCCGCGCACUCCUUCCGCAUCUACCUGAAGAAUCACUGCGCGGUGAAGAAACCGAAGAAGGGAGAAGCGCCCAAGCCUGAGAGGAAACCGAAUAAGGCUACCGUUUGGGUUGCCAAGGAAUAUCCCAAGUGGCAGCAUAUUAUAUUGACCACGCUGAAGAAUCUAAAUGGACCAUCCGGCCUGCCAGACAACAAGACAAUCUCGAUCGAGCUGGGCAAAGUGGCCGAGCUGAAGAAGUACAUGAAGCGAGUGAUGCCGUUCGUGCAGGCCACCAGGGAGGACGUGGGGCGGGUCGGCGUCGACGCACUGGCGGUCGGCUUGCCUUUCGAUGAAGCUGCAGUUCUGCUGGACAAUAGGCAGUACCUCCUCAGUACACUAGAUUUGGAAUCUCUUGAAGUGAAGCACACGGACUCCGAAGACACUCCAGAAAAGACCAAAGAGGACUGCGCGCCAGGUCAACCUCACAUCAACUUCACGGCGGAGGUUGGUGUCGUCGUCAACUUCAUCAACCCGACGCCGCUCAACGGCCUGUUCACGGUGCCAGUUAACCUGAUAGAUGGCGACACCGUCGAUAAAGUCAAAGCGAAGAUCGUCAGAGAAGUCAAAGCCAUAAAAGACGCAACGGCCCUAAAGUUAUGGCGAUACAGCGACCCCGUCAUGGGCCCAAGGAAGAUCCCAGUGGCCGGGGACCACGAGAAAAGAUGUGUUAUUUUGGAAAACGCUGCAGUAUUAAAAGUGGACGUAGCUUCCAACAAAGUUGAGCUAGUCAGUAACGGAAAGAACAUAGACUUAGGCACGCAAUUCGUUUACACGUAUGAGAAAUGAUGUGCAUAUGAUAAGUGUAUGUGAUGUUUUUACGAACGUAAUAAAUUAUUUAUUUAUUAUGAUACAA